GGGGUGAGCUUACUUUUUCAAGUCGGGAGGCCUGCCUCCCGGAUGCUUGUUUACUGGGGUGGGAGCAGGGCUACAGAAGCUGAGUUCAGGCAGGAGCUGAAGUCCGACAUCUAAGCAGAGGUUGCCUAAACCUGGGGGUGUGGCUUGCUUCCGGGAAAACUGGAUGAGUUCUGGCCACCAACUGGCCUUGAUGAAGACUGGCCUGUGGUGAGCUCGCCUGCCAAACUGGCUGAUGCCCCUGGACUAUUCCGGAGCAGCAGACUGGGAACCAAGCGUCAGCUUUUGCCAGUGAGCUGGUGUCCUCCACUGCCACGCAGUGCCGUGCGUGGGACGCGCAUCUUCAGAGGUUGUUCCUUCUGAGACGAGUCUGCGAGGACACGGAGUCAGCCUGCCAGCCGGCACCGAGGGCGGGGUUCCUUCCUCUGCUCAUCUGUUGUCAUCUGUGGGAAAGCUAACUUUGUCCUGAGGGAUCCGUGGGGGCGGGGGUGGGCGAGUUCUCCUCCCUUGGUGCUCACCUCCCCCUCCAGAGCCACCCCUCCCCCGCCUCCCAAGGCGUAGCUCUGGGAGCAUCCUCUCUUCGCCCAGAUUGGUGCCAGCUGCGUGGGCUCCAGCUUCAUGCGUCUUCCUUGGAAUGCUUUGAAACUCCGCAGAGACUAAGGAAAUUCCAUUAGAAUUUGCCGUGGCGCCAGCCCUUGGACCGAUCCAUCUUCAGCCAGAAGAUUGCAACUUUACAGAGACAAAAAGAAAUAGCAUGGCAUAAAACAUGGCUCAGUUCUACUACAAAAGAAAUGUUAAUGCACCCUACAGAGACCGCAUCCCUCUAAGGAUAGUUCGAGCAGAAUCAGAACUCUCUCCAUCAGAAAAAGCCUACUUAAAUGCUGUGGAAAAGGGAGAUUAUGCAAGUGUCAAGAAAUCCCUAGAGGAAGCUGAAAUUUAUUUUAAAAUCAAUAUUAAUUGCAUUGAUCCUCUUGGAAGAACUGCUCUCCUAAUUGCAAUUGAAAAUGAGAACUUGGAGCUCAUUGAACUACUCUUAAGCUUUAAUGUCUAUGUUGGCGAUGCUCUAUUACAUGCAAUCAGGAAAGAAGUUGUUGGAGCUGUUGAGCUGUUAUUGAACCACAAAAAGCCCAGUGGAGAAAAACAGGUGCCUCCCAUACUCCUUGAUAAGCAGUUCUCUGAAUUCACUCCGGACAUUACACCAAUCAUUUUGGCAGCCCACACAAAUAAUUAUGAGAUAAUAAAACUUUUAGUUCAGAAAGGAGUCUCAGUGCCCAGACCUCAUGAGGUCCGCUGUAACUGUGUUGAAUGCAUCUCCAGUUCAGAUGUGGAUAGCCUCCGCCACUCACGCUCCAGACUCAACAUCUAUAAGGCCUUGGCAAGCCCCUCUCUCAUUGCAUUGUCAAGUGAAGAUCCUUUUCUCACAGCCUUUCAGUUAAGUUGGGAGCUUCAGGAACUGAGCAAAGUGGAAAAUGAAUUCAAGUCAGAGUAUGAGGAACUGUCACGACAGUGCAAACAAUUUGCUAAGGACCUACUGGAUCAGACAAGAAGCUCCAGAGAACUAGAAAUCAUUCUUAAUUAUCGAGAUGACAGUAGUCUCAUAGAAGAACAAAGUGGAAAUGAUCUUGCAAGACUAAAAUUGGCCAUUAAGUACCGUCAAAAAGAGUUUGUUGCCCAGCCCAAUUGUCAACAACUGCUUGCAUCUCGCUGGUAUGACGAGUUCCCAGGGUGGAGGAGAAGACACUGGGCAGUGAAGAUGGUGACAUGUUUCAUAAUAGGACUUCUUUUUCCUGUCUUCUCCCUGUGCUACCUUAUAGCUCCUAAAAGCCCUCUUGGACUGUUCAUCAGAAAGCCAUUUAUCAAGUUUAUCUGUCAUACAGCAUCAUAUUUGACUUUCUUGUUUCUGCUGUUGCUUGCCUCUCAACACAUCGACAGAUCAGAUUUGAACAGGCAAGGUCCACCACCAACCAUCGUCGAGUGGAUGAUAUUACCAUGGGUCCUGGGUUUUAUAUGGGGAGAAAUAAAACAAAUGUGGGAUGGUGGACUUCAAGAUUAUAUCCAUGAUUGGUGGAAUCUAAUGGAUUUUGUGAUGAACUCCUUAUAUUUAGCAACAAUCUCCUUGAAAAUUGUUGCAUUUGUAAAGUACAGUGCUCUUAAUCCUCGAGAAUCUUGGGACAUGUGGCAUCCUACUCUGGUGGCUGAAGCUUUAUUUGCGAUUGCAAACAUCUUCAGUUCCUUACGCCUGAUCUCACUCUUUACUGCAAAUUCUCACCUGGGGCCUCUGCAGAUAUCUCUGGGAAGAAUGCUCCUGGACAUUUUGAAGUUUCUAUUCAUAUACUGCCUUGUGUUGUUAGCAUUUGCUAAUGGCCUAAAUCAAUUGUAUUUCUACUACGAAGAAACAAAAGGGUUAAACUGCAAAGGCAUACGAUGUGAAAAGCAGAAUAAUGCAUUUUCAACGUUAUUUGAGACACUCCAGUCCCUGUUUUGGUCAAUAUUUGGGCUCAUCAAUUUAUAUGUGACCAAUGUUAAAGCACAGCAUGAAUUCACUGAGUUUGUUGGUGCUACCAUGUUUGGGACCUACAAUGUCAUCUCUCUGGUUGUCCUACUCAACAUGUUAAUAGCUAUGAUGAAUAAUUCUUACCAACUUAUUGCUGACCAUGCAGAUAUAGAAUGGAAAUUUGCUCGAACAAAGCUUUGGAUGAGUUAUUUUGAAGAAGGAGGUACCCUGCCUACUCCCUUCAAUGUCAUCCCGAGUCCCAAGUCUCUUUGGUACCUGAUCAAAUGGAUAUGGACACACCUGUGCAAGAAAAAGAUGAGAAGAAAGCCAGAAAGUUUUGGAACAAUAGGGAGGCGAGCUGCUGAUAAUUUGAGACGACACCACCAGUAUCAAGAAGUUAUGAGGAACCUGGUGAAGCGAUAUGUUGCUGCAAUGAUUAGAGAUGCCAAAACUGAAGAAGGCCUGACUGAAGAGAACUUUAAGGAGCUAAAGCAAGACAUUUCUAGUUUUCGCUUUGAAGUCCUGGGGUUACUAAGAGGAAGUAAACUGUCUGCCCUACAGUCUGCUCAGGCCACGAAGGACUCUUCUAAUUCAGCAGGUUCUGAUGAAAAGAGUGAUAACGAAGGUACCAGCAAAGACAAGAAGAAGAACUUUAGUCUUUUCGAUUUAACCACCCUGAUCCACCCUCGAUCAGCAGCAAUUGCUGCAGAAAGACACAACAUAAGCAAUGGCUCCCCUCCAGUGGUGCAGGAGCGCCUGCGGGAAAAGCAGAGAAAAAUGAAUUUUGUGACCGAUAUCAAAAACUUCGGGCUAUUUUAUAGACGAUCAAAACAAAAUGCUGCAGAGCAAAAUGCAAACCAAAUCUUCUCUGUUUCAGAAGAGGUUGCUUGUCAACAGGCUGAAGCAUCACUGGAGAGAAAUAGCCAACUGGAAUCUCGAGGAUUAGCUUCAAGGGGUGACCUGAGCAUCCCUGGUCUCAGUGAACAAUGCAUAUUAGUAGACCACCGGGAAAGGAAUGCGGACAGUCUGGGUUUACAGGUUGGCAAGAUAAUGUGUUCCUUCAAAUCAGAGAAGGCAGUGGUGGAGGACACUGUCCCAAUAAUACCAAAGGAGAAGCAUGCAAGGGAAGAGGACUCCAAUACAGACUAUGAUGCAGCCCUCAUAAACACAGUCACCCAUGAAGAUUAUGUGACCACAAGACUGUGAUACUUGAAGGAGGAAGAGUUUAUCAUACAUAUAUUUUGUUUCCAUAGUGCACUGAGUUGGGGGGAUAUGUUUAAAAGUAAAUUAUCAAAUGCUAACUUACACUCUAUAGCAUUUAUCAGCUGUGGCAUAAUGAUGUGUAACAUAUUUAAAUAAGGCGAAAGCUAUCAAAAACCUUUGUUUUGUAGUCCACUUUUGCUUUCAGAAUUUGUUUUACAUUGUUUUGUUGUUAAUAAAUAAACUCACCUUGUAUCUUGCACUGUCACAAUAACACAGGAAAUUUUUAACUAUCUUUUUCAAUUAAAACAAAUUCAACUUCA